GAAUUACAUUUUGUGGAAUAACUAUGAAAAACUAUGUUGAAGCUAAUAUAUCUUAUAAAUCUCAUACUACAGUUAAAUAUACAAUGAAAAUGUUAUCGAGUAGUUCAGAAACCAUAAUAUUUAUGUUUCUUGGAGUAGCAACCGUAAAUAAUAAACAUAACUGGAAUUCCUUCUUUAUAAUAACGACUAUAGUAUUGUGCUCGGUUUAUCGAAUAGUAGGAGUAAUAGUAUUGACUGCUGUAGCAAAUCAGUUUAGACUUCAUAAACUUAACAGUGUCGAAAAGUUUGUUAUGUCUUACGGUGGUUUACGUGGCGCUGUUGCGUUUGCACUUGUUCUUUUAAUAGAUGUUCAACAUGUUCCUUUGCAACCCAUGUUCGUAACAACGACUAUAACCGUGAUAUAUUUUACAGUAUUCUUUCAGGGUAUAACAAUAAAACCACUGGUUAAAAUAUUAAACGUUAAGCGAGCUGAAAAACGAAAACCUACUAUGAACGAAAGAAUACAUGAACGUAUUAUUGAUCAUAUUAUGGCUGGAAUUGAAGAUAUUUUAGGUAAACAUGGAAACUAUCAUGUGAGAGACAAAUUCAAAAGAUUUGAUAAUAGAUACAUUCGCCCAUAUCUUUUGAGGAAUUAUUUUGGGGCAGAACCUAAAAUACUGGAAACUUAUUCAAAACUUACAAUGAAAGAUGCUAUGGAGUAUAUAAGAAGAAACGCUUCUACACUUGGCAGCAUUAAUGGAAUAGAUAGUAUGUCUACAAUUUUCAGAAGUUCUAGUAAUACUGAGCAAUUAAAUUCAAGCCCUUGCUAUCAAUACGAAUCGGGUUGGAACAUUGAUUUUCAAGAGUUAGAAUAUAAUCCGUCAAAAAAAGAUUUGACCGAUGCCAAAAUUCAUCAUUUACUUGCUGAAGAAUUGUGUAAACCAUACAAACGGCAUAGACGUCUAAGCUACAGUCGUCAUGCUGUCAACGAUAAAGAUUUAAGUACUCAAGUAAAUUAUAGAAUGCAUAUGAACAUUCGUCGCGCUGGAGAGCAUAAGCACAGAUCGAAACGAAGUAAGAGAAUUAUGAAAGAUGGGAAACAAAAUCACGUUAGUUUUCCGGAAUCUCCUUCAGAUUUUUUAAAUAAACAUCUUGAACUAAAAAAAGAUACUGCCAAGUACACAGACUGUGAUUCCGAUUUUGAAGAUCAAUUGCAGUUCCAUGCUAAUGACUGGGAAUCAGCAAUAACUUUUACGGCUCGCCCUUUAGGAGAUAUAAUAACACCCACAGCUACAGAAACUGUUUUACCAUGGAAAAGAGAAGAAGAUUCUACACGUCCUUUAAAACAAAACGAAUUUCCAGCCUGGUGCUCUAACAAGGACUACCUUAUAUCCAGUUCACCAUACACGGCAUUCUUGGCUUUAAAUGAAUGUAUGCAGUGAGACGUACGACGUAACAAAAUGAUGCAAAAUAAACGCAAAGAAGACUAGUUUGAUCCUGAAGCCCUAAUCACCUUCAUGCAUGGGGGAUGUAUGGAAAUGUCAAACUUUCAAGGAGAAACCAACUAGGAUAUUUAACAGACUUCACGAAAGUAUUGUUUAACAACGAUAACUGUGGGAAUCGGCUGUCGGAAGGCCACUUGCGCAAAGCUUGCUCUGCCUUGGCCACAUUAAAAAGCACACACAGACGCACACACACACACGCACGCACACACGCGCUCGCGCACACCCAUUCAUAUUUUACAAAACUUUUAUAUACCCAUAUAAAACUGAAUAAUAAAUGUUAAAGGUAUUAAAUAUUUACGAAUAAAAUAUAAAGCAAACUUAUUCAAA